UGUUACGCGUGUAAAUGGCGCCAAAGCCCCGCGACGAAUGAUGGCCAGAAAAAUGCCUGUUGAUAAAAAUAACCCUGAUAAUUUCUUACAGGUGCCUCGUUACAUUUGGUCGGCAGCACGGACAUCAGUGGUUAAAACAGUUCAGAUUUAACCCUAACCGAGCUUAAAAUAUCUAGAUUUAUUAAAAAAACAACACUGGAGGCAUGAAUAAGCGAGAAGGUGAGGGAUGUCCUCGGAAAAAUGCUGAUGGAGUGCAGGAUGGUGAGGCGAGCGGCAUCCCGUCCUCAUCUGUCAUCUCUGUUUUCAAAGUUUUCCAGCAGGAGCUUGACACCAAACACGACAAAUAUGAACGUCUUGUUAAGAUCAGUCGAGACAUCACCAUUGAGAGCAAGAGGACCAUUUUUCUUUUACAUAGAGUGACCAGUGUACCAGAUACAGAGGAUGUUUUGAAUGAAGCGGAUGCAAAGCUGGAUGGAGUCAGGCAGAAAAUUGGACAAAUCGCUGAAGAGCUGAGAGGAGAGGACAUCUACCAGUUUCACAGAGCUUUCACGCCAGGGAUCCAGGAGUAUGUGGAGGCCGUCUCUUUCCUGCACUACAUUCGCCACCGCAGCCUUAUCAGCCUGGAGGAGAUCAACGCCAGACUGGUGUUCGUGAGGAAAGAGAAGGUGGACCCUAAGGGCUCAGCUGAAGCCCUUCUGCUGAGCGCUCAGGUCCUGACCUUCCAGGUGACGCCCUCAGACUACCUGCUCGGCGUGGCCGACCUGACGGGAGAGCUCAUGAGGUUGUGCAUCAGCAGCGUGGGCAACGGCGACAUCGACACACCCUUCCAGCUCAGUCAGUUCCUGCGGCAGAUCCACGACGGCUUCUCCUAUAUCGGGAACACGGGCCCAUACGAGGUGUCCAAGAAGCUGCACACGCUGCGACAGAGCCUCGGCAAAGUGGAGGACGCCUGCUACACCCUGCGUGUCCGCGGCUCGGAGAUCCCCAAACACAUGUUGGCCGACGUGUUCUCCAGUAGGGCCACGCUCAUGGACCCUGAAGAAGGAGUGGUUUAAUUACCGCGCAGCUUGAGCCACAAUAUGUCAGUGGUGUCAUUGUCUGCUUUCUGUUUGAUGAUUGUCUGUGUUUUUAAUGGGAUUUGACAGAUGUUUAACAUGUUUCCCAACAUGCUUUUUGUUGUCACUGGUACAAUACAAACAGCUUUAUAAUGGACAGUGUUUUUUUCCUUGAUAAAGAUCUGAUGACUUAACUUGUUUUGCUUGAAUAAAAGUUCUGUGCCAAAUACA